AUGCCGAACACCAAGUUCACAAAAGCAAAGUCGUGUAGCAAGUGUCCCUUGUGUGAUGGAGAAGUUCUGGACAAUAGGUGGCGUGAACACCUGCUAAAGUGCAAUGGAGGAAAAUUCCCGUGCAAGACCUGUGGCAAACUCUUUAAGAAGAGCUCGUACCUACAACGUCAUGAGAGAAAGUUUCAUGGUAAAGAUGAAGUACCUGAGGAGAAACGUGAUGCAGACAAAGAGUGGCUAGAGCAAGACCCCGGUGAUUUGAUCGGAGAGAUCUCCAAUGAUAGUAGUUCUGGUGGCAGUAGUAGUGACAGUGAAGAGGAAGUAACUGCUCAACAAAUUCAAGGUAGACUGCCUCCAUCAUCACAGGUUGAGAAGAUAAAAGGGAAUAAGGAUGAAGAGAACAAUUGCAGUAUUUUGGAGGAGGGUAGAACUGUGAGGAAACCCACAGCACCUAUCCCUGUGUUUGCUCCACAGAGAAAGACAACUCUCAGCAUGCCUGAGAAGGAUGUGUCGGUGAACCGAUUCAAGUUUAAGUCAUUUUCAUCCACUAGCACACAAACUGAAGUUGCAGGCAGUAGUUUGCGAAACCUUGUCAAGAGAAGGAAACUUCGUAAGACAACAUCCAGUUAUAUCAAGGAUGACAAGAAGGUUGAAGAGGUUGUCGAAGAGGAGGAAUUCUUUUAUGAUGAAUGA